AUGGCGGUCGAUCAGGAUGACUUCCUCCACCUCUCCAAGCCGCUCGCGCCGUCGGCCGUCGGCUUCAACGCCAAUGUUGCCCCCCUCACAGUCACCAUCCAGCCGCAGGCCAUCCUGUCAAUACUAGACCACGCCGUGCGCCGCGACAUCCGCGACACCCAGGCCACGCGCGUCAUCGGCGCCCUCGUCGGCGUCCGCUCCGAAGACGGCACCGAUGUCGAGGUCCGCAGCACCUUCGCCAUCCCCCAUACUGAGAAUGAGGAUCAGGUUGAGGUCGAUGUCGAGUACCAGAAGAACAUGCUGGCCCUGACGCUCAAGGCUUCACCCCGCGAGUCCCUUCUCGGGUGGUACACCACCAGCCACGAGCUCAAUUCCUUCUCGGCACUGAUCCAGAACUUCUUCGCCAGUCCCGAGACGGGCACCUUCCCCCACCCGGCCGUUCACCUGACCAUGAGCACUGAUCCGGGCGCUGACAUCGAGCCGAGGUGCUACAUCAGCGCCCCAGCCGCCGUGAGCCCGGACCGUGCCGCCGAGUCGUGUUUCUUCAUCCAGGUCCCGCACCGCACACCCCCGACCAACGAGUCGGACCGCGCCGCCCUCGAGGCCAUCGCCGCCGGCAAGGACGACGAGGCCCGCACCGCCCCCGUGCUGUCUGAUGUCGAGGCCCUCGCUCGCUCACUCGAGCAGACCAUCGACAUGCUGGACCGCACGUCCGAGUAUGUCGGUUCCGUCUUGGACGAGGAGCGCGAGCCCUCGCACGCUCUUGGACAGUACCUCAUGAACAACCUGUCGCUGGCCCCCAAGGUUGACAGCGUCAGCAUCGAGCACGACUUCAACAACCACAUCCAGGACGUCCUGAUGGUUUCGUAUCUGACCAACACCAUCCGCACCCAGGUCGACCUGGCCCAGCGCCUGGCCCUGGCCAACCUUACCGACAAGGAUGAAAAGAAGGAAGGCGAGGAUGGAAAGGCUGAGCGUGGAGGCGGAGGUCGUGGCGGCCGUGGCGGGAAGCGUGGCGGUGGCCGUGGUGGUGGUCAGCAAAGGGAACCGAGGGAGCCAAGAGAGCCUAGGGAGCCUAGGGAGCCUAGGGAGAGUGGCGAGUAG